GCAAGCGAAGCUGGCCACCCCGCGACACCAUGAGCUCAGUGGUCGCCGAGCCGCUCGAUCUGGUCCGCCUCUCCCUCGACGAGCGCAUCCUCGUCAAACUCCGCGGCGACCGCGACCUGCGGGGACGGCUCCACGCGUUCGACCAGCACCUCAACAUGGUGCUCGGCGAGGUGGAGGAGACGGUGACGACGAUCGAGGUUGACGAGGAGACGUACGAGGAGAUCAUCAAGACCUCCAAGCGGCAGAUCGACAUGCUGUUUGUGCGCGGCGACGGCGUGGUGCUGGUGUCCCCUCCGCUGAGAACCUCCUGAUCGGUGCACAGCUUUUGCGCAUAUAUUCGCUUUCGAGCCUCUACACCCGCCCCACCGUAGCAGUGUGAAGAUAGAGAGAUAGAGAGACCAGAGGCAUUCGCCGCGGACCAAGCGGAGCGGCAGGAGUUCGUCGUUUGCGCAGUGUACGUCGUCGCUCGUUCGAGCUCGUCCUCGCGUGUCUGUACGUCUACGUAGAC